UUGGCUGGCAAUUGGCAACGAGUGUCCACCGGAUUUACAGAUGCAUUUUCCCAGUUGCAUUUCCGUCGAAAGUAAAAGUGUUUUCCACCGAACUUGCCGAUCGACAUUGAAUUAACUAGCACUCUUGCAUCGCUUUGCUUGCCACACAUUAGAUACAUUUCGCCUCUGUAGCUGGCAGGACGUCCUCUUUGACAACGCGCUUCGCUUCGUUGCAACAUCGACAUCGAGAAAUCAAAAUCCGAUUUCAAGUGUGUGUUUCACGUUGCAUAAACACCGAAAACUUUACAAGAUGUCAGUGCUGUUGCAUUUGCUUUUGCUGAUGCUGGUGUUUGCCGAGGUGCCAGCUUUUGGACGCAAGGUGAAACGCAAGGAUGCCCACUACCGCUUGACUGUGCCACCGCCGCCACCAGCAUCGCCGCCACAGCUGCAACAUGGCAACGCUGCCGCACAAUCGGUGGUCGUCGAACACGAGGUGCCGCCCUACACCUUUGAGGACAUCAAUCACGAUGAGUUCGCCUCGCCAAGCAAUCCACCUUUCUCCCGCUACGAGAGCUCCGACUACAUUCAUCACAGCACCCACAACAAUGGCGGCAGCAGUGGCAGCUUCCUCGUGGACAACGGCUUACGAAGCAUUGCCAAGGGUUCAGCAGAUCAAGCCAUCUCAGCGGUGGCCAGCCAGAAUGCCGCUGGCAAGCAGGCUUCCUAUGUGGCCAAGAGUACAUUGGCUCAGGCAGCAGCUCAAGCCGCUGGCACCGCAGUUGCUGUGCUCAAAGGCAAAGAAGUAUUGCUAAGACGCCUCGAAGAGCAAAGCAUCGAGUCGCACAAAGCGGUGGAGAGUGAACUUACCCAACUGCAACAGGCCAAGAGAUCAGCCAAGGCGGCGCAAUAUGCUGCACAGCAGGCUAUUAAUCACGUGAGUGUGCUGACAGCAGCACUUAAUAAUGCUCAAUCCGCCUCGGAGUUGGCGCAGAAGGCAGCAGCGGAGGCAGCCGCAGAGUUGUCCUCUCAAAUCGAUAUGGUGGCCACGGCCAAGGCGAAGCUGGAACAGAUCGAAUCGCAUGCGUAUGCAGCACGUUUGGACUAUGAGGAAACGCGCGAGGCAGCGGAGAAGGCAACACUCUCCGCCCAGGAGGCGCAACUGAAUGCCAACGAUGCGGCGUUGCAUGCGAAUGUGGAGCUCAGCGAAGCGGUGCACAUCCACGACAAGAGCGACCUUAAUGUGCAGGAAUCGGCGUCGCCGCCUCGCAGCAAUAAGAAGCGAUCAUAAAACGAGACCCAGCCCCAGCCCCAGCUAAAGAGCCAGGUCAACUAACGGUGUCGUGGUCAUGGUCAACGGUCAGUUGCUUUCUGUUGCUGUUGCUGCUGCUGCGAUUAAACCUUUAAGUGCAAUUCAAUUAUUUAUUGCCAUACACAUUCGUUUAUAAUAAAUCUUUACGCAGCUGGUUACCUUACAUAAU